CAACUACUCUACGCGGUCCACAGACAACACGGGCAGAGGCGGCUGCGCUUCGAGAGACUCACCCGCACCAUAAUUGCAGAGACAGCUUCUUCCAUGGGGGUUCGGCGGAGGGAGACUAGAGUGGAGAGAGACGCCACUUGAGAGGAAAAGGGUUGGUUGGGAAUUGGGAUGCGGAACCUUUUCUCUCUCCGUCUGCCUUCCUCUUUUCCUCCUCCUCUCUUUUCCCCUCACCGUCUUCCUCUCUCGUCGUCUCUCUUCUCUCUCUCCCAGUUCCGACCACCUACUACGAGUAAUCACGCCAGAAAGGUAAACCCCCUCGUCUUUGCGCCAUCUGCUUCUGCUUCCUUCGACGAGCUCAACGCCAAUGGCAAAUCGCACUCCUCCAACGCCUCUAAGAAAUUCAUUCUCUCGAAUUUAAUUCAAGAGAUAGAACCGUUGGAUGUAAGCCUUAUACAAAAGGAUGUCCCGCCCAAUACUGUGGAUGCCAUGAAAAGGACUAUCUCCGGUAUGCUAGGCUUGCUUCCUUCUGAUCAGUUUCAAGUCUUCAUUGAGUCUUUUUGGGAGCCCCUAUCCAAGUUGUUGGUCUCUUCCAUGAUGACUGGGUAUACACUACGCAAUGCUGAAUAUAGGCUUUGCCUUGAAAAGAACUUUCAGAUAGACGAAGGGAAUUUCGAAAACCAAAAACCAGAAAAUACUAAACCUGAUGCUCAGGGGAUGUCACCCGAUGCAGACCAGAGAACAUUCGAUUUUUCUGGAGAAAAUGACUUGUUAGGUAAAGCUGAAAGAUAUGAAGAUGACCUAUCAUAUGAGGGUCUGGGAAUUCAAGGUAUUGGUGAAAUGACUCCUGAGGCUAGACAAUAUAUUCUCCAUUUGCAGACUCGCUUUUCUUCUGUCAAAAAGGAACUACGUGAAAUCAAAAGGAAAAAUGCUGCUCUUCAAAUGCAACAGUUUGUUGGAGAAGAAAAGAAUGACUUGCUGGACUACCUAAGAUCAUUGCAACCGGAAAAGGUGGCUGAGUUGUCAGAACCAACAUCCCCUGAGUUGCAAGAGACCAUUCAUAGUGUCAUACAUGGUCUCCUUGCUACCCUUUCUCCUAAGAUGCAUUCAAACGCUUCUUUUCUCCAAGAUAACGCAUCAGUUGGGAUUAGUAAGGAUGAAGAUUGUACUGAACUUCUUGAGAACACUUCCAUUCAAUUCCAGCCGCUCAUUUCAGUUACUCGGGAUUACCUUGCUCGCCUCCUGUUCUGGUGCAUGCUAUUGGGACACUAUCUCAGAGGUCUAGAGUACCGUUUGCAGCUGAUGGAGCUUCUGACCUUGUCAGGUGAUGUAGAGUCCAGUCAGUCCACUGAUGCUCCCAGUGAUUGAGUUGUUCAGGAGCCAGUGUACUUACUCGUCUUCCUUUGAGAUCUGGAAAUGGAUAGCGUUCUCAUGAUCACAUUUUUUUUCUCACAUACCGGAAUCUGGGUUCUUACUGAGCGUACUGAGGCAGGUUAAUCAGACCCACUAUUCUGCGGCUCUCUACAGGUUAACAGGAAAUGCUUUGGCAACAUGAUCUGAUAAUUAUGUCCUUUCAUGGUUUGUGCACCUCGAGUUUGUAUUAUAAUGAUACAGGUUCCAUUUGAUGAACCUCUUUUUUCAUUUUUUGUUUUUUGUUUGAAUUACUGAUAGCUUGAAGUCUUGAACCUUGUGAUGGCUACAGAUAUUAUUUGUCAGAACAAAUUGAAAAUUUUGUUUA